AUGUGGACCACUGUAGGGGACUGCACUGGAGGAGCGCAGCCAGGACUGAGCGAUGCAGAUCCAGACUCCGACACGCACCUGCGGGAGAAGUCUGGGGGGCAGGGACCGAUUCCUCGGCGCUGCCGUCGGGAAGGCCUCGCCUGCUGCGGAAUCCGCUCCAAGCCCUGUCUCCAGGCGCUGUGUUUGUUUGGAAAGCGACAGGCGGCCUUGCGGCACAGAACGGUGACGUCUCUGGGCCGCGGCGCGGUGCAGAAGUUUCCCAGGUGGCGGAGUGAGGUCCUGACUAUCCGGGACAGAGUGCGGGUUCGAGGCGAGGCCCUGCUGUGCUCAUGGGGCGCCUGCGCUGUCGUUGCAGAGCUGGCAGCGGUGCACGGCGUGCGGAGGUUCGAGCUGGAGCGCUCCUGCUCUUUCGGGGCCCUGCUGCUGGACGAGGAGCGCGGGAGGCUCUUCGUGGGCGCCAAGAACUUCCUGCUGUCGCUGAGCCUGGACAACAUCGCCAAGCAGGAGCACAAGAUCUACUGGCCGGCCCCUGUGGACUGGAGGGAGGAGUGCAACUGGGCGGGGAAGGACAUCAACGUGAGUACCGGCGUGCGAGUUUUUCGGUGCUGCCCGGUGAGGGCGUGGGGCUGGCUGGACACGGGAGCUUUUAAAGCCGACCCUGUCCCAUCGCACGGGUCGAACUGCCUAUCAGCUCUCGAACCCGCUGGCUGCCCCAGUCUGGCAGCUGAAGGGACUGGGGGGGCUGGUGUUUUCGGUUGCGUCCCGGGGCAAGGCUGCUCUCUGUCAGUGGGGUGGGAUUCUGUGAGGCAGGGAAUGACGGAGGUUCCUGGGGGGGGCUUCUGGAUUUUGGUCCAGCCCAGUUGUCCGCUGGACAGCUCACCUGACUGUCGCCAGAGCCUUGUUCUUGUGGCCUUUUUCCAGUUGAUUCCUGAAGCAUCCCUGGAGGGUUCCCCCUGCCGCUCGGAAGAGCUCUCGGGACACCCAGGGAAAGGUCUGCGUCCGUGUGGGCACGCAGAGGGCUCUGGGAGUGGAGGGGUGAAGGGGUGUGCCCAGCCGUCGUGGUGGGGAGCGUUGUGUCGGCCCCCAGACUGGGUGCCCCUGGAUCUCCCCGGGCCCACGCUCUCCCGACGGGUGAACGACUCCCCCGUGGGCUCUUACACAGAGCCGCCACGGCCCCCUCGCGCGCCCACAGAGCGUCGGCGGUCCUGGCCCGACCAUGUGUUCCGGUUGGACCCCUCCAGGGCGGAGGAUGGGAAAGGGAAGAGCCCCUAUGAUCCCCGGCACCAGGCCGCCUCCGUACUGAUCGGCGACGAGCUGUACUCCGGCGUGGCCACGGACCUCAUGGGCCGCGACUUCACCAUCUUCCGUAGCAUGGGUCAGCGGCCCUCCAUCCGUACGGAGCAGCACGACUCGCGCUGGCUCAAUGAGCCCAAGUUCAUCAGUGCCUUCUGGGUGCCCGAGAGCGAGAAUCCCGACGAUGACAAGGUCUUCUUCUUUUUCCGGGAGACGGCGGUGGAGGGCCAGGGGCUGGGCAAGUCAGCCUACUCCCGGAUUGGACAGCUCUGCAGGAACGAUAUGGGCGGCCAGCGCAGCCUGGUCAACAAGUGGACCACCUUCCUGAAGACCAGGCUCAUCUGCUCCGUGCCAGGGAGUGAUGGCAGCGACACGUUCUUCGAUGAGCUGCGGGAUGUAUUCCUGCUACAGACCAGGGACAGGAAGAACCCUCUGGUCUAUGCUGUGUUCUCUACUUCCAGCAGCGUGUUCAAGGGCUCGGCUGUGUGCCUCUACACCAUGAACGACAUCCGCAGGGCCUUCCUCGGACCCUUCUCGCACAAAGAGGGGCCCAACUACCAGUACGUGCCCUUCCAGGGCAAGGUGCCCUACCCGCGCCCCGGAAUGUGUCCCAGCAAGACCUAUGGGAGCUUCGAGUCCACCAAGGGGUUCCCGGACGACGUCAUCCAGUUUGCCCGGCACCACCCGCUCAUGUACAACCCCGUGUACCCCCUGAACCGACGCCCCGUCUUCCUGCGCGUCGGCGUGGACUACAGCUUCACGCAGAUCGCCGUGGACAGGGUGGCUGCGGCCGACGGGCAGUACGACGUCAUGUUCAUCGGCACAGACGUGGGGACGGUGCUGAAGGUGAUCUCGGUGCCCAAGGAGAGCUGGAAGAACAUGGAGGAGCUGCUGCUGGAGGAGCUGCAGGUCUUCCAGGACUCCUCGUCCAUCAUCAACAUGCAGAUCUCCUCCAAGCGGCAACAGCUGUACGUGGGCUCGGAGACGGGGCUGGCGCAGGUACCACUGCACCGCUGCAGUAUCUACGGCAAGGCCUGCGCCGAGUGCUGCCUGGCGCGGGACCCCUACUGCGCCUGGGACGGCACCUCCUGCACCCGCUACCUCCCCAACACCAAGCGGCGUUUCAGGCGUCAGGACGUGAGGAACGGGGACCCCAACACUCUCUGCUCUGGAGACCACCACAAGCAGCGCGUGGCCCAACGGAAGCUGUACGGGGUGGAGGGCAGCAGCACGUUCCUGGAGUGCAUUCCCAAAUCCCUGCAGGCCCAGGUCACCUGGACGUUUCAGAGCCGCCCGGACAGCCCGCGAGAGGAGCUGAAGGUCGACGAGCGCGUGCUGCAGACGGAUCGCGGCGUGCUGAUCCGCAGCGUGAUGCGCCGCGACGGGGGCGUGUACCAGUGCCACGCCAUGGAGCACGGCUUCACGCAGACCCUGCUGGGCAUCACGCUGGAGGUCGUGCCCUCCGACCCCUACGCCCGCCCGGACCCGCGCGGCCACGCCCACGCCCACGGCCACGCCCCUCCCUCCUCCUCCACCUCCAAUCAAAAGCUGUGGUACCGGGACUUCCUGCAGCUGGUGGAGCACCCCGACCUGAACGCGGUGGACCAGAUCUGCGAGCAGGUGUGGAAGCGCAAGAACCGGCAGCCGGGCAAGCCCGGCCCCGCCAAGCCCCCCCCGCCCCCGCCCUCGGGCGUCCGGACCGGCCCCGGCAUCAAGUGGAAGCACCUGCAGGACCUGCACAAGGCCGGAACCGCCAAGCCCCCCCCGCCCCCGCCCUCGGGUGUCCGGACCGGCCCCGGCAUCAAGUGGAAGCACCUGCAGGACCUGCACAAGGCCCGGAACCGCCGGACCCACGAGGGCAAGCCCCCGCUCAGAGCCCCCCGCAGCGCCGGGGAGUGGUGAGGCGGGGGUGUGGGGGGUGGGGGCACGGAGGAAGGCUGCUGCCCCGAGGGACAGAGAGGCCGCGCGGGGGACACUGGGGACACUGGGA